AUGUUUAAGAUUUUUGUGGCGAGUUUGCUGCACGAGGCUGUCGGGGUUUCGUGUAUCGUUUGCUCGUCUGUUCGAGAAGAGUCAGUCAAGUCCUUUUCUGGAUCAGUGGCAUCCAUCGGUUCCAAAGGAGAUUGCUGGAGACAGCCGAAAGCUGCCAACUUCCGCUCAGAGGAAUGCGCGCUCGGAUGCUACUCGCUUUACUACGCCAUGCAGAUUGAAGACACGGACAAAGGCAAAAUCGAAAAACGAGUGGUAGAGCGUGGAUGUCAAUUCGAUAUCGAUGGCGAGGCAGGAGUACGAUUCCGCUUUCCUUCCGAUGGAACAUGCGCCGGAAUGUGCAAAGUGGCACUCCGGGAGAAAAAUUACGGAAAUUAUGGAACGAUAAACGCUAUUUUCGACACAAGUAGCUCCGCAACAGGAAACUCGUAUCCGUACGGUUCUCUGGAAUGGUCUGCCGCUGGUCCUCUUCGUUGUCAUCAGUGUUCAACGCACGGGCGCGUGGAAUCAAGCGCAGAUAUCUCUUGCUUGAGGCCAGAGGGAUCAGGCUCAACCUGUCCCUCUGUCAACGCAACAAGUUGCUACGAGACAACUGCCUUAUUCAACGUGACAGAUGAAUUUGGAGAGAAAAAUGAAUAUGCUUUUGCAGAACGAGGCUGCAGCAGCGCGAAAUCAAAUUCUCUAACAGACUCGAUUUUCUCGAAAAGUCACGAGCUCUUUAACGAUACUGAACGCGAGCUGACCACACAUUUCUGCAACGGAAAUGGAUGUAACUCAGCAUUUCCAGAAGAAGUAUUAGAUUUGGACAGUUCAGCUUCCAGCCUAAACAAUUUUGGAAUGCUCUCGGCUUUUAUUCUCCUUCAAAAUGCCUUAUAA